ACCUGCCUGCAGCAGUUAAUUUCAGACAAUUCAGUCACAACAGGCGCGGAGCAGAGUGAGUUUGCGUCGCGUUCGCUGGGAAUAUGCGCUGGUGAAUGCGCGAAAUGCGGUUGUUGGUGGCCGCGGUGUUGUUGUUGUUGUGCUGGUCGACGUCCCUGUCGGCGGCCGAGGAGGAGGAGCUGCAGGGCGGCGUGGUGACGGGCACGCAGCGGCUCGAGCGGGGCCCGUACCUGGUGCGCGGCGACCUGGUGGUGGCUGAGAAGGGCCACCUCGUCCUCGGGCCCGGCGUCACCCUCAGGUUCUACCCCCGCACCGGAAUCACCGUCCACGGAAUCCUCUCCGCCCAGGGCACGGCCGAGCGGAAGGUGGUGCUGACGACGGCCGAGGACGUCGUCCGGCCGCUGCCCCGCGCCCCCCUGCGCCUCGUCGACGGCCCCUCGCCCCUCGCAGGACGACUCCAGGUGCUGCACAACCAAAAAUGGCGCUCCCUCUGCACCAACUCCAGAAACUGGACUUUGACGGACGUGGACGUGGCGUGUCGGCAGAUGGGCUUCGACGGGGGCCGGUGGUGGGCGUGGCUCGACCGGCAGCCGGGGCUGCCGCAGCCCCGGCUGCUGCUUGAAGCCCCCAACUGCGGCCCCGCCCACGACGCCCUGCAAAACUGCCCCAACUGGCCCAGCAGACAAAUGGGCGCCGGAGUUUGUGACUACCACCCUGACCUGGGGCUGGAGUGUUUGGGGCGGGUGUCGGGGGGCCGGGCGGCGCAGCACUGGCGCGGGGUGAGUUUCGAGGGUGCGCGGCACCAGCGCGUGUUGGCGCACGGCAACACCCUGUACGCGAGCGUGUCCCUGUCCGAGCUGCGCCACACCGAGCUGCGGCACGCCGGCGUCGCCGCCGACGGCGCCCUCGUCGCCGCCCUCCAGGUCGCCGGUGUGCCCCCCAAGAUGCACGCCCUCACCGUCACCAACGCCGCCUUCCACGGCCUCAACGUCACCAGGCCUCAGGCUCCCGUCGCCAUCACCGACUCAACCUUCGCCAACAACGCAGGUUUCGGGGUGUACGUGAAUAGCUCGACGGGGCUGGUGCACAUGGUGGGGAGCGUGGUGACGGGGAACGGGGCGGACGGGGUGCGCUACGUGCACCAUGACGAGGUGCCCGACCGCAAGGUCAUCGACGGCGCCGACGUCUUCGACUUCUGCACGUUUCCCAUCACCAACAGCCAGACGUUCCCGAUCCCCAUCUUCGCCGAGCAGGGCAAGUACAACCCCGUCGACAAGGACUGCAACAAGUACUUCUUCACCAAGGAGGGCCAGGUGUUGACGCUCAGGUUCCUCUCGGUGGAGACUGAGCGCAACGAGAGCGCCACCGUCGAGGUGUUCGACGGCACCAGUGCCGCCGACCGCUUGUUGGCCAGGUACGUCGUCCGCAACGGCACCUUCGCGCAGAGCGUCACCUCCACCAGGAACAACGUCUUCAUCCGCUUCAAGGCCCAGCCGCGCACGCACACCCUCGUCUACAUGCAACUCAUCUCCGGACACAAAAAGUCGUUUGACCUGAACCUGACGGAGUGCGUGGUGGUGGACAACAACGGGCGGGGCGUGGGCGUGGAGAAUCUGCGGAGCGGCGUGCACGUGCACAACAGCUCCGUUUCAAGCAACGGCCACGUGGCGGGCGUGCACGUGGCAAGCGGCGUGGGCGACGUGAACGUGACGGACAGCCGCGUCGCCUUCAACGUCGGCGACGGCGUCAACGUGACGCACUCGGGCGGCAGCGUCAACGUGACACGGUGCGUGGUCAGCAGCAACCAAGGUCACGGGGUCGCCGUGCACCUCAACGAGACCGAGGGCCUGGUGGCGUUCGUGCACGAGGCCAUCGUCACGCACUCGGUCCUCUUCAGGAACCUCGAGGCCGCCGUCCUCGUCGGCAACUUCUGCACGCCCGCCCUCGUCAACGUCUCCGCCAACUGGUUCAACGACAGCGCCCGCGUUGCCCUCGACAUCCGCACCUGCUGGCGCCCCCUCCACAAGUCCCACUUCGUCACUCUCCAGGUUGGACACAACAAAUUUGCGUCAAACCGGCUGGGGCUGCGGAUGGCGCCGGCGGUGAACGUGCGCGGCAAGAUCGAGCACAACUGGUUCGCGCAGCACACGUUCGGGGCGCUGCAGAUCCACAACGGGCCGUGGGAGGAGCUCGAGGUGCUGCCGACGGAGCUGCUGGUGCAGGCCAACGAGUUCUCGGAGAACUCUGGCGUGUUCGUGGUGCAGCUGGGCCUGUCCCCGUACGGAGAGGCGCAGCACCUGCUCUUCACGCGCAACUUUGUGCGCGACAACGCGGUCGCCGAGCCCUUCGAGAGUCUGGCGCCGCGCAGCAGGGUCGCCGCCGCCGUCGUCGUCGCCUCGGCCAACGUCCACGUCUUCCGCAACAUCCUCCAAAACCACGCCUCCGAGUACGAGAUCGGCUCGCGCCUCCUCGACCAGAGCCAGACCAUCAACUGCACCUACAACUGGCUCGGAUAUGCCAACGAGAGGACCAUUUACGACAGGCUGUUCCACCGGAAGGACCGGUUCGACCUGGCGCAGAUCGAGUACAUUCCGUACCUGCUGCACAGCAGCAACCCUUCGGCGAACACGAUCAUCAGCCAGCCGACGUUCGUGGCGGCGUUUUCGGAGGAGGGUGAGGUGGGGGGCGAGGUGGACGGGCAGGAGACACUGCGCGCGGGCGAGUACCUGGUGACGCGCGACGUGAGCGUGCGCGUCGGCGGCCGCCUCACCCUGCAGGCCGGCGUCACCCUGCGCUUCCGCCCCUCCGUCGGCAUCAUGGUCGCCGGCAAGCUGGAGGCGCGCGGCCGCGCCCCCAACGACAUCCUCCUCACCCUCGAGCGCGAGGAGCCCCUGAACGACACCUCCGCCGUCCCCGUCAGGCUCCUCGGCGGACGCACCGACCGCGAGGGCCGCCUCCAGCUCAAAGUCAACGAAACGUGGGGCACGGUUUGCAACUACAACUGGAACAUGCGCGCGGCCGAGGUGGCGUGUCACCAGCUGGGCCUGGUGCUGAACCCUGACGACUGGUUUUUGGAGCGCGCGGACAUGCCCGAGGCGGGCACGGCCGAGCCGAUCGUGUUGGCCAACGUGCAGUGCUUGGAGGACGACCUUGACGUGACCGCGUGCAGGGCCGAGGGCCUCGCCGACUUUGAGAACUCGUGCAGCCACGAAAACGACGUCGGCCUGCGCUGCUACCUGCCCUCGUGGGCCGGAAUGCGCUUCGGCGUCCUCGCCGAACGCUCCGACCUCCAGUUCAUCACCAUCGAGAAGGCCGGUUUGCUGGACUACUCGACGUCGCGCUUCAAGCCGGCCCUGCAGAUGGACCUGGCGCGGCACGCGCUGCACUCGGUGCGCGUCGUGGACAACAUGCACGACGGGCUGGGCGUGGUGUACUCGGACCUGUACUCGGCGGACGCGGCCAACACGGUGACCGACUCGGAGUUCAGCGGCAACGCGGGCAGCGGCGUCUCGCUCAGGCAACUCGGCCUCACCCUGAGCGGCUGCACCGUCGAGCGCAACGCCGCCGCCGGCGUCGCCCACGACCCCGAGCUGCCCCACAAGCAGCAGCGCGAACUUGCCGGCUGGUUCAAGCCACCCAAGGACAACGCCUACACGCCCUACAGACCGAUCGUGUUGCCGGAGAGCGCGGAGGAGAUCGUGCUGCAGAACGAGGAGAGCAAGUACGUGAUGACGUCGCGCGUGGCCGGGGGCGCCGAGAAGGGGGUGCGGGUGCACGUGCGGUGCACGCCGGGGUACGUGGUGGGGGUGCAGCUGCUGAACCCGAUCCACAACCGCAGCACGGAGACGCUGCUGGUGGUGGACGCGCCGAUGGAUCGCGCCGACGCGCACGCGUGGGACCUGCGCAGGGACCUGAGCGUCUUCCCCACCGCCAGCAGCUCGUACGGCGUCGUCCUCGACUACAAGAGCGGCGCCGACGCGCUCGGCGGCGCCGUCCUGCUGCUUUCGGCCAUCGUCGCGCCCACCCAGAACGUGCCCAACAGGAUCGUGCGCGGCAAGGUGCCCACCCUGGAGGUGCGCAACUCCAAGAUCAGGCACAACCGCAAGGGCGUCGCCGCGCGCUUCUACAACCGCUACCUCAACGACGUGGGCGACCUGUACCUGCGCAAGGCCAACCAGACCAUCAAGCUGCUCAACUGCGACAUUUCGCACAACCUGGAGGAGGCCAUCUUUGUCUACGCGCCCCACUGGGACGUCCACUCCUCUAACAUCUCAGAGAUCAAGUUCAUGAUAAACGGGAGUCUGAUCACGGACAACGGGCGCGGCAUCACGCAGUUCAGCCGCGACCUGCGCAGCUCGAACAACCUGUUCCACUGGGUGCUGCAGGACAACACGGUGGAGCGGAAUGCGGGCGGCGGAUUCCACGUGUCACUGCCGUACGUGUGGCAGUACGACGAGAACUUCACGCACUCGCUCUUCUUGGACAACAACACGUUCCGCAACAACCGCGACUUCCGCUUCGUGGUCGACGGCCACUUCGCGCACUUCAACCUGACCAACAAUCGGUUCGUGGACAACGCGUGCAAGAGCGGCCUGGUGUCGGUGCGCGGUAUGGAGAAGCAGAUGCGCCUCGAGGCCAACGAGAUCCGCAACAACGUGGGCAAGUUCAUGGUCGAGUUCCGCGUCGACAGCCAGUCCGAGAUCCUCGGCGAGGUCGACGCCCUCUUCCGCUUCAACCGCGUCCAGGGCAACCGCGCCGGCCUCUCGCGCCGCCUCCAGAAGUUCACUGACCCCACCUUCACGCUUGGCUUCAAUGGCAUCCAGAAGGUCAAGGUCAACAGGAACCUCUUCGGCGACAACCAACUCGACUACGAACUGCUCGCCGGCAUCAAGACCGCCAAGAUCGACAACAAGGUGAACGUGGCCGAAAACUGGUGGGGCACGGCCGAGCUGGGCAAGAUCAAGGAGCGGAUCUUCGACUUCGACGACUGGAACAACCACGCGGUGGCCGAGUUCCGGCCGUACCUUCUGGAGAACGACCAUCAGGGUUCUCUGUCGUCGCCGUGGGAAGCGCCGACGGCCGCGGCGGCCUUGGCCGACCACCUUGGCGGCCGCCUUACCAAGUCGAUAACCCUGAGCUUCAGGACGCGGCCUUACCUGGUCAAGUCGGACGUGACGGUGAUGCCAGGGGUCACCCUUACCAUCGCCCCGGGCUGCGUGCUCGAGUUCGCGCCCAACGUGGGCAUCCUGGUGCUGGGCGUGCUCAGGGCUCAGGGUCGUCGCGACCAGGAGAUCGUGAUGCGGCCGCAGACGCCCUCCCAAGGGGAGCAGGCGGCGCGGGAGGCGAAGGAGUACUUUGUGGCGCGGCCCUCGGACUCGAUCCGGCUGUGCACAGGGCCGAGUUGCGCGGGCAACGCGAGCGAGGGCUUCCUCGAGUACUUCAACCGGACGACGCUGCAGUGGGUGCCCGUGUGCGACUCGCGCUUCACCGAGCGCAACGCCGAGGUCGUUUGCCGCGAGCUCGGCUUCGACCCGCUCAACGUCCACUCGCACCACGGCCCCAGGGUCGAGUUCCACUCCAACUCGCUCACCAGGAUUUGGUCCUGGCCCGAACCCCUCCAGUGCUCAGGCGACGAGCCGCGGCUGGAAGACUGUCCGGUGCGUCUGAACGGACAGCUGUACGGACACCGGCACGAGUGCGCGUGGAACAGCGAGUUCGUCUUCAUCCACUGCGGCCGGCGCAACCUGCAGCCAGGUCUCAACUACUGGGGCGGCGUCAGGUUCGCGUUUCCGGACUUUGAGUACAACUUGUACGAGCACCGCAUCCACGACUCAGUGACGCACGAGACUACCAAGAAGGAGGAGUCGGUUCUCGAGUUUGUCAACAUCACGGGGGCGGGGGUGUUGCACGGAGAGAAGGCCCCCGCCGUGCAGAGCAUCGUCCGCUCACCGCGCCUCUCGCACCUCAACCUCAACCAGAGCGCCUCGCACGGCAUCAGCCUCGUGUCCCCCACGGAAACCAUGAGAAUGCGCUUCAUGAGAAUCGUGGACUCGCUGGGUGUGGGGAUGUCGGUGGUGUCGCUGACGGGGGAGGGUCGCGAGAGCGCGGAGAGUUCGUUCGCGCCGCUGAAGGAGGUGCCGCUGUCAUACGGACUGUUCAGCAUGAUCGACAUGUGCGACUCGCAGAAGGAGGUGGUGAUCGAGGAGCGGGUGUUGCUGUACUACAAGUACGACAACAACCCGGUCAACUGCGUCAAGAUUCUGACGAGCGUGUACCGCGCCAAGCCUUUCGGCUUCCGCCUGCUGCAGUUCAACCUGUUCAACUCGACGGGCAAGCCGGGCCGGCCGGACAGCAUCUCGCUGUUCGACGGCGACAUCUACAACGUCAGCACCACCCUGCUGGCUGAGAUCACGGUGGGCGGGGCCAACGAGAAGCGGCUCUUCCGCACGCGCGGCCCCUCGCUCAGUGUCAAGGUGUUCGCGAACGGCGCCAGCGCCGUGCACGGCUUCGUCGCCGAGGUCGUCACGCUGCCCAUCUCGGCCAUCGGCUUUGACCGUGACACCCAGCACAACGUUUCCUACUCGGUGUUCAGGGACAACCGCCAAGGCGCCCUCCACUACGCCACCGCCGGCGAGGUCAACCCGGUCGUCACCCUCGAGUGGUCCCAGUUCGACCGCAACUGCCUUAAGCUCUACGGAAACUUCACCACCUGCAAGGCCGCCGUCGCCAUUGACGUGCAGAACACGCAGAACGUCUACUUCAGGAACAACCUGGUGCGGUUCAACCAGGGCGGUCUGUCAAUCCGGGCGGACUCGCGGGGGUCGGCGACCUCGCUCAAGGGCUUCGUGCACAACAACCUGUUCGCGGACAACGAGAACCGGCCGACGAUCUACGUGGAGGGUCGGCAGAGCAGCCCCUACCAGGAGGUCACCAUCUACCGCAACUACUUCACCAGGAGCAGCGUGCCCUACGACAACGUCAUCAUCCUCAAGCAGGUCGUCUCCAACUUCACCUUCAACUACCUGCACAACAACCUGGGCAGGCACAUUCUCGAGGUGUCCGGCUUCGAGAAGGUGCGCCUCCCCAUCUACCAGACCACCUCCCACAACGGCUUCUACGAAAACUACGCGAUCGACUUGGAGUCGCGCGGCACUAUCAUCGCGGGCACCGCAGGCCAGCAUUACGUGGACAACAUUCUGCUGAACCCCGCCAACGACUACGAAAUCGUCACAGUCAACCGAUCCCUGGCGGGCAUCAACAGCAGCCUGGACGUGUGGAAGACGCCGAUCGACGCGCAGCACAACUGGUGGGGCUACAACAACUCGCUGGCCGUGAUGAGCCGCAUCAAGGACCGGCGCGACGACCUCGACCUGCUCGAGGUCGACUUUGAGCCCUUCCACAUGUCCAACCGCACCAUCCUCAGCGGCAAGUGUCCCCCCGGCUGGACCCUGGUCGCCGACACCUGCUACAUUUACAUCGGCGCGCCCAUGACCUUCGCCGAGGCCAAGGACUUCUGCAGGUCGGACAACGCAACAAUGCCAUACGUGAUGGGAAAUUACUACGCGCUGUACCAGUUCCUGCGGCACCAGCAGCAGCACUACAUGUACUACGACCGCGUGUGGGUGCAGCACCUGAACCGCAUCAACCGCUGCACCGCCUUCACGUACCAGACCAUCGAGGAGGACCACUGCGAUCAGCUGCUGCCCUUCCUCUGCGAAAUCGACCCAAAGGUAUUCAUCGACCCGUACGCGUGGACGCAGGACGUGGUGGCGAUGGCGGUGGUCGGCUCCAUCGGGCUGCUGCUCGUGCUGGUGCUGCUGAUCGCCGCGCUUUGGUACACAAAGUCCAAGCGGCGCCACGUCGAACGCCUCGAGCGCCGCAACUCGAUCCGCGCCUCCAUGCACUCCCUCCGCUCCAUCAACUCCUCCCACGGAUUCGCAGAGCUCGGAUACAGACGUGCAGCGGCGCAGGCGCGUUCGACGUCAACGCUGGCAACGAACGUGCGCGAGUACAAGCGGAUGAACGGGAGCGUAGACUCGAUGGACAAGUCGCAGCUGAACGAGUCGUCGGUGGAGGGGGCGGACACGCACUCGUACGACAUCUACGAGGCGCACAACCCGCACGCGUUCAACGUGUACGCGGAGGAGGGGAAGCAGGCGCCCUUCCCCUCCACCCAGGGCGGGCCGUCGGCCUUUGACCUCGCCUUCCGCAACGAGGGCUUCAAGGACAACUCCACCUUUGCCUCGCGCGACCCCCUCCACCCCUCUGUCAGCUACCGCGCCUCCCCCUCCGACUAUGACGACUCCACCCUCCCCUGCGGCGGCCGCUCCUUCUACCCUGAGCAGAACAGGGAGCUUGACGAAACGGUGAGCGAGUUCCAGAGCGAACUGCGCGGCGAGUCGUACACCCCGUCAACACUGCCUGACCCGCCCUUCUACCCGAGCCACUCGUCGCCUGACCCGUACUACUACAACGGCCACGACGACUUCCCCGAGCGGCCCAAGAGCCACGUGCUGCUUGAGACAGACCUGGACUCGCAGGCGGCGCCGUCGAUGGCACCGCCGCUGGCGCCGCCCCGCUCCAAGAGCGAGGCGCUGCUGGAGACGACCUUUGACUUCCAGCCCUUGCAGCCGGCGACGCAGGGCGACUUCCUCAGCAGGGCGGCGCGCAGCAAGAGCCAGCCCCUGGAGACGGCCAUGUGAUCAAGACUGACCCUCUCUUGUGAUGACCACGCCCCCCACUUGUUAUUCCGACAAACCGUGCAUCAAAGAUCUCUCUGUUUCGCGACAGUAUUAUUUUUUAUCUACACCGUCUUUGCCAGACGUAUUUUUGAUAAUAUACAUGUACAUACCUUCGCAAUCACAUUUUCUAAUAAAAUCUAGCGUUUUAUUAAAUUUUUAA